AUGGUUUGUAAGCAUUGUGAGUAUGCCCCGACAGAUGUGGACGAGCGUUGCCGACUGCGCUCUUUGGGAUUUGAAGGCAGAGGACUGGUGAACAUCAACAAGGCUCUGAGCAGACUCGAAUGGCAGCUGAGUUUCAGAAUGGCUACAAUCGCCCAUGACGGGGUCCUGCUUUUCUCUGGAGACCGUAACUCGGAUUUCAUUGAGAUUUCCAUCCAAGACCGCGUUCUCAAGGCAGAAUUUUCACUUGGCGACCAGCCAAAAGUAGUGCGCAUGGAGAGCGAGCGGAGGAACAGGGUAAAUGACGGCGAGUGGCAUACUGUCCAUGUCAUUUACUACGAUCGGCACCUUACCUUACUGCUCGACGACUGUGAUGCGUUCGUCUCCCUGCACGCUCACGGAGCUGCUCCAUGUGCCGCUCAUGCAAGGAUCGACUUACCACCCAAGUAA